AUGCGUUUCCAUGCGGUGAUGACUGAAAGGAGGAUGUUUCUGAUAGAACCUGGCAACCCCGAAGAAAUGGGCGGCGAAGUAGGUAAGAAAUCGUUUUUGAACAGCAGCGUGAUUCAACAUGGACGCAUGCGAGCAAGCCUGAUAGAAAAAGUGGAAGCAGUGUGUUUGUCGGUAAAAAUGAGUGAUAGCAGAGUGGCCUGCAUACUUUGUCAGCGGUCCAAAGAGACGAAGCUAACCGGAGCCUUGUCGACUAAAGAUGAAGUCACGGCUCAUCAGAACUGCCUGUUAUUUUCUGCUGGUAUCUUUUGCCGGGAUUCACCACAGUUCGAUGACCUGUUUGGUUUCUCGGUGGGGGAUGUGCUGAAUGAGGUGAAACGAGGAAGCAAGCUGACCUGUAACCACUGUAAGAAAAAGGGAGCCACUGCUGGUUGUGAAGUCAAACGCUGCAAAAAGUCCUACCAUUACCCAUGUGCUGUUAAAGAGGGAGCCACGACUAUUGAAGAUGAUGACCAGGGGCGCUAUGUGAUAUACUGCUCAUCUCACUCUGAGCAGCAAACACAAAAAAGUGCUUCCACAAAUGAGUUUGCCUCUUCCAUCAAAAAGCCCAGAACCGCCAAAAAACUCAAAAACUCCCCAAACCCCAAUGCACCUGGACCAUCUAAGGUAUGUUGCCUAACCUGUGAGAAGAGAGAAGGUAAUAUCAGCCUGGAAAGUUUGUCUAAUAGCAUUGUUAUGUCAUAUUGUGACAAACAUGCUCCUGCGUCACUUAAGAAGAACACUGACGGAGAAGGUACAGCAGCUGGAUCCUCUGUACACAGCAAUGACUCCAGCUCAUCUAACAGUACAAUGUGCAGUUCUUCUAAGAGACGGUUGAGUGACUGUGACAAGCAGGAGGAGACCCUCUUGAAACGUAAGCCUCAUCACUGGAAGAGGAGAUUCUCCGAUUCUUCAAAUUCAGUUGACAAUGACAAUGCCGGUAACACUCCAAUGGAUAUAUACGCCCCAUUAGACUCGGAUAUAGAUGAAAAUGCAAACUCCGUUCCAGAGCUCGAAACUGUGCCUGAGGUUACCAGAAGAGACACCAAGAGUCCUGCUGGGUCUUCAUCAGGAAAUCACGUUGAGGAUGAAUUUAAUGAUGAAGACAACACAAUCAUAGAAUCAGAUGCUGACUCAGAGAGUCUGCUGCUUCCCGUAAAGAUCUGCAUACAGACCCAGUCACUUACAAUGUCAGCUGAUGAACUCUCACCUCAGACUGAAUCUGCUCCACCUGAAGAUGUUUUGGUUAAUGCAGAUGUAGAGCCGGUCAUAGAUAAACACGAGGGGUCCAGUCCUGAGCAGAAAGCUGUCCAAAGCCCGGGUCAAGUCACCGGUGGAUCCUCUGUCUCACGCCCAAGCUCCACUGCCCCCCCUCCCUCUCCUGACCAGUCCAAAUCUUCCCCUCCACACUUCACCUCCCUGAAGUCUCAUACUUCACCUCCCUGCACUAGCUCGGCCAUACCCCUGGCUCCGCCUGAACAUGCCAGUGUAUCAAUUAGCUCCUCCUCUUCCUCUCCUGUGGCACUUCCCUCAAGUCCAGAGCCCAAAAUUGACUCCAGCAGCUUCUGGAAAAGCUGUAAUGCAGCAGGAUGUACAGAGGCCAUCUUCACUGACUUCCUUGAUGGCAUGAAAAAUAUCUCCAGCAAAAUCCAAUCAGAUCAGGCCAGCCAGGAGGAAUAUGAUCUUGCAUUGUCGGUGAUGGCAGCUUCUGGAAAAUUGUCAGAAUUUGUGGCUAAGCAGCAGGAAGAGCUACAGAAGAAACAAAUGGAACUGCAGAAGGCGGCGGCAGCGAUGAAAGAUGUUGUCUCAGCACUGAGAGGUCCAGUCCUGAGCAGAAAGCUGUCCAAAGCCCAGGUCAAGUCACCGGUGGAUCCUCUGUCUCACGCCCAAGCUCCACUGCCCCCCCUCCCUCUCCUGGCCAGUCCAAAUCUUCCCCUCCAUACUUCACCUCCCUGCACUAGCUCGGCCAUACCCCUGGCUCCGCCUGAACAUGCCAGUGUAUCCAUUAGCUCCUCCUCUUCCUCUCCUGUGGCUCUUCCCUCAAGUCCAGAGCCCAAAAUUGACUCCAGCAGCUUCUGGAAAAGCUGUAAUGCAGCAGGAUGUACAGAGGCCAUCUUCACUGACUUCCUUGAUGGCAUGAAAAAUAUCUCCAGCAAAAUCCAAUCAGAUCAGGCCAGCCAGGAGGAAUAUGAUCUUGCAUUGUCGGUGAUGGCAGCUUCUGGAAAAUUGUCAGAAUUUGUGGCUAAGCAGCAGGAAGAGCUACAGAAGAAACAAAUGGAACUGCAGAAGGCGGCGGCAGCGAUGAAAGAUGUUGUCUCAGCACUGAGAAAAUGAGCUGAUGAGCAGCUACUGAGUGUUAGCUAUUAAAGCUAGGUUUUUUUGUCUGUGAUUACAUUUUUAACAUUUUAUAAAAAA